GUUGUUAUGUAUGAUAAUGAUUGGCUCCUGCAGGUAAUUUCUAAAACUAAUGUACAGCUCUUUUACAACACUCAGUCAAUACUGCACCUUUAUCUAUAAAAUAGCCUACUAAAUAUAGUUAAAAACAAUUGAAUUGCACAUAAAUGAUAAUACUAUAGCGCACUAUUAUAGUAUUAUGAAUAUACUAAUUUAUCAUUAUUAUUAUUAGGCAAACAACGAACCACCUAUUGUUUUUAGCGUGACUAUCGUCAAUCUGGCAACCAUGCUGUUCUCGUGAAAUCCCUCCUCCUCCGGCACCGUAACUUCCUGGAGACGGGCUUUAUUUUUAUUCAGAAAAAUGGCGGCUUUAGGUUCAAAUAGUACCUCGGAGAAAUCAGGGAGCGCGUCUGAAGCCCAGUCGGGACUGGAUAAUGAUUUUUGGGCGGGACAGGGUCCAGUGGUUCUGCGGGAUCCAGCGAUUAAAUUGCUGAGUCCGGUUAGCGGUCUUGAGCCGCUGUUGUGGGCAGAGGAUCACAGACUGGCGGCCUCCAGCACUAACAGCGUGUCUAUCAUGGAGCUGGUGUGUGACAUACACAGUCUCAGUCAAAAUCUGGUGCUGCAUCGCAGUCACAUCCCCGUGCCGGACAGCGCUUGUGAUCUCAAGGUGGGCCCAGAAAAGGAAGUGCAGACUGUUAAAGAAAGCUUUGCAAAGAGUAAAGAUCCUGUAGUAAGCCAAAUGAUAUCAAUGGACAGAGCCAUCCAUCCUCAAAGUGGACGUCUCCAUGGUGUGAAGUACACCAGCUGGUCACCAUUAGGCUGCGACAAAUAUGGCCGCUGUCUUCUUGCUUUCUUAACACUGGACAAUCAUCUAACAAUCCACAGCAGUCACUUGCAUUUGCAGUGGAAGCCUUUCCUGGACCUUACAGAGCUAUAUGGGGAAAUGUUAAAAUCCAGGAACUACUCUGCUCAGAACGACGGCUCCCCCCCGAACUCCAUCAAAGACUUGGAUGAACUGCAACGGCGGUAUCGUAUGCAGAUGCCAGUGCGCAUGGAGUGGUCUGGUCUGUGCAGUAUGCAGCAAGUACAAACCAAUAAUGCAUGUAAAGAUGUUAGCACCGUGCUUCUGGCUGUACUUAUGGAGAACGGAGACGUGGUGGUGUGGCAGUUCAGUUUGCCCCCACAAGGAAAGGAUUCAGUGGUAUCUUGCAACACCAUAAAAUCUGGAGUGUCGUCGCCAAGUGUGCUCACCUGGUGGGAUUAUGAGCACGGUGGACGGAAAAUGAGCGGACUGAUUGUGGGUAGCUCAGGUGGACCUGUAAAGAUCCUUCCAGUCAACCUCAAGGCAGUGAAGGGUUACUUCACCCUCAGGCAGCCUGUGGUUUUGUGGCAGGAUAAGGACCAGAUACCCGUCCACAACAUCAAAUGCAUUACGCUCUUCCAUCCGCACCAGAAAUGCAACUGCAGCCUAGUGGUUGCUGCACGUGGUCCUUAUGUGUUCUGGUGCUUGUUGUUGAUCUCCAAAGCUGGUCUCAAUGUUCACAACUCCCACGUCACAGGCCUUCAUUCCACCCCUAUCAUAUCAAUGACGGUCUGUCAUAACAGCGGGACUAUUUUCACCUGCUCACUGGAUGGUAAGGUGAAGAAGCUCACGCCGGUUUUCACAGAUGUUGCUGUUGAGUUUAAACAGGAGGAGAUUGCUCUGCCAGAGGGAGUUGCGGGUCGACGGAUACAUGGCAUAUCUGUCAGUCCAAAUGGUGCCUACCUGGCUCUUAUCGCCAAUGAGGGCAUGAUCAAUGGGCUCCAUCCCGUCAAUCGCACUUACCAGGUGCAGUUUGUCACCCUUAAGUCUCCAAACGAAGCAGCUGCUGAGCUGCUUGAGUCUCAAAUGCACAAUCUCUUCAGAAAGACCGACUUGCUGGACCUGUUGCGUUGGCGGAUACUGAAGGACAAAAGCAUCCCUUCGGUUCUGCAGAACAAUCUAGAUGAGAAGCUCCAAACCUCAGGGUCCACCUACUUAUGGCGCCUCAAGCUUUUCCUCCUCCGGAUGCUCUACAAGUCCAUGCAGAAAAGCCCUUCAGAGCAUCUGUGGCGGCCGACUUAUAGGGAAGGUAAAGCUGUGGAUGAGGAAGCGGGUGGAGGUGAAGAUGAGAUGGCGGAGACCUCCGCUCUAGAAGAGCUCAGGCAAGUCGAUGCCGAAAGGCAGUCCAGUGAGGAACAAAUGAGGGAGAUCAGCAGCAGGAUCGAAGAGGUGGAGUCCCAACUGAUCCGUGAGAACAUGAAGAAGGUGCUGGGCGAGGUGUACCUGCACACCUGUGUCACUCAGAACACAUGUAUUCCUACCAAAGGUGUGUGUGACUUCCUCACAAAUGACCCUGCUAAUGAAGACAGGGCAGCCAAGGUGCUGAUAGGUCAUAUCAUGAAUAAGAUGAACAAACAGACGUUUCCAGAGUAUUGCAGCCUCUGUAAAGAAGUUCUGCCUUUCACAGACUGCAAACGAGCAGAGUGCAAGAAUGGGCACAGAUGGCUCAGGUGUGCGCUGUCAUAUCAGGCCUGUCAGGGUGUGACAUACCGCCGCUGUCUAUUGCAGGACAGUAUUGCCUCAGUAGCAGAGCCCGAGGAUUCAGACUGGAUCAAGAAAAUACUCCAAGGUCCCUGCAUCUUUUGUGACUCCCCUCUCUACUAAAGCAGCGGGGUGAAAGAUGACAAAAUCUCCACAGCUGACUACUGGAUUACUUAAGUGGGCUACAUGCCACAUAAAUGCCUUUUAUUACUUGAAAGAGAAACAUUUGAAAGUCUAUAAAGUAUUCACUAAUUAUUUUGUAAUAUAAGACAUGUGGGAAAUUUUCUUCUCAACAGAUCUUUAUAUUAAAGCCAAGCUUGAGCUAAAAAGUGAUGUAUAAUUUUUUUAUCUCAUGAAAACUAUGACUGUAUGUAUUAAUAAAUUAUUCAAUUGUAAUUUUUUUUUUUUUUUUCCUGUUAAAGCUGUAUAUUUUUGAUUUGUUAAUAUUAUGCUGCCACGACAUCCUACUUUUGCAUUAAAAAUGCACGCUCUUCCCGUGGCUGAUUUUAAUUGGUUUAAAUAAAUCCAUUUCCUAAUUGGCUUUGGGAACAUUUCUAUGGAUCUGCAAACACCAACUCCCCCAUCUCCAAAUAAUGACUUUUCCUUGGCCUAAAGGAAAAAGAUGACUGUACAAGGAAAUGAAAAACAGCGAGACAGAGAGAAAACUGUUUUAAAACAGGAUCCAGCCCCUCCAAAGGGCCGAACUCUAAUGAGAUGCAACAGUAAUGAGGAAUGGAUCCCAGCCGCAUAUGUGAUACCCAUUUUAAUUAAGAUAGCGAGCUUGAGUGCAUAUUGUUAAACAUAGUUAGCCCUUUUUUUGUGGGUCGCAGGGAAGACGCGUGCAGGCCGUGAACCCCAACGGCCUAUUCCACACAAUGCUGCUAACAUACUGGGGUCAAUGGUAAUCAAAGAUAGACUCAGGCUGGUUAGACCCUCAGAAUGCUCUCCUCCGUGUCCGUUCUCAUCUCCGGUACACCUUGUCGCCUUGCCCUGCGCUCUCUCUAGUGUCACUGAAGAUGAUAGCUCGCCUCAGGGCUAGUCGGCAGCCCUGUCUUAGGUUUCGGAUGGUAUCCCGAGAUAAAGAUGGCCCGAUAAUUACAUACGAUUCUGCUCCCAUCUCUCGUUCGGCAUCAAGGAAAGCAUUCCGUACCAUCAAAGGGCUUAAAAAUAAAGUAAUCAGUGUGUUUAUGUAGUUUUUCUUGUGUUUAUUAUUCAUAGAGAGAGCCUUCAUUACGUUGCGUUCUGAAAUGUUGCCAUAUCAUUACAACUGGUAAUGCAACAUGUAAGGGGUGUUUGAUUAUGAGGUAAUAAUGUGCAUUAUGUAUUAAUCAAAGAGCGACUAGAACACAAAGGCAGUGCUCAGAACCUCAAAUGCCGUCUGCUGCAUGUCACAGCAAAUUUGUUCACUGACAUAUUGCAAUAAGCAUCUAAUAACAUGAAUUUGAAAGCUGUUUUUAAACGAUGUAAUAGGAUGACGCUUUAAGAGAAAAUGAAAAGCUAUUUGGAUUUCAAUUGUACACAUAAUAUAGAGUGCAUAUUAAUAGUCGCAGGUGUUAAAUGUCACAGAUUAGAUUAUAACUGCAAACGUGAUUGAAAUUCCAACUGCCUGGUAUUUUCUCUCCUAGAUAUUAGAUUGUCAAAAGGAUCUUGGCCUUUUGGUUUGAGUGCUAGCUUUGUUGAUAGGUGGAGACUUCUCCUGUUGAAGAGGUUAGCUCUGUUUGGCAGAACCUCCUACUUCUUUAAUAUAACAAUCUGUCAAAAAACAUUUCGACAAUAAUUACGGCCCCCUCCUCUUUCCUCUUUGUGUGUGCUCUUUCAAGACUUCAAAAGGAGGUUUCGUUCUUUUCUCUGUAUGAAAUAUUCAUAACUUCUGUGUUCGUGGCUUUGUGCAUUAAACAGAUAACAGACAAAUUUUUUAUAUUAUUUAAUCUUAUAUUCUUUUGUUAGUUAACAUAUUUUGAUAUACAUCACCUUCCGUUAAGCACCUAAUUUGUUGAGCCCAAACAAUAUGCUAAGCGUCGAUCUCAAAGUCAUUCUCUCUAACAAUGUAUUGCACUCAAUAUUUUUAUUUUUGUGCUCAGGAAAGAUAUCCUGGAUUUUACAAUCAAAAAGCCUGUAUAAUGUUGAUUUGAUUUGUUACAAAAAUCAUUCUGUGACUAAUGUACAGUAUUUCAGAGUUCAUCUACAUAAUAUGCCCUAUAGAUUCUUUUUAUUUUUACAGUACAAAUCCUUGUUUCUGUACAUAUUUAUAAAUAAACUUUUCUACACAA